AUGACAGAUAAGGCAUCCACUUCAUCAAUGUCUAUUGGACAUCAUCAUACACAUAAAAUUCAUCGAAGACAUGAUGAUUUGAUACUUGAACCAUCUGGAGAUUAUGACUUAGUAUAUGGUGAUGAAUCUGUUAUUAUGUCAGACAAUGAAAAUGGUGUUACUGAACAAAGACCAUAUAUUCGGUUAAAUUCAUUCUUAUCAAAUACUACCAAAGAGACUGGUAAUGAAGUACGUUUUAAAUGUGAAGCGGCUGGAGCACCAUUACCAUUAAAUUUUCAAUGGCUUAAAAAUCAUGUACCAUUAGAAAAACAAAAACGUAUCAAAAUUCGGAAUAGAGAAUAUACUUCAAAAUUGACAAUAACUGAUUUAGAUGUUUUAGAUAGUGGUUUUUAUCAAUGUGUUGUUUCAAAUGUAGCAGGAUCAGUAAACAGCACAGCUGUUUUACGGGUUAAUAAAGCUAGUACCACUAAUACAAAGAAACCAUUUAAAGGAAAAAGUGAUUUUUCAAUAUCUGGUGAAGAAAUCUCUAACGAUUAUUUUGAUGAGAUGGAUUCUGGUCGUUUAAUUGAAGAUGAAGAUAGAAUAGUUGAUGGAUCAUCAUAUACAAUGAAUAGUGAAGAUACAUAUUCACAAAAUUUUAAUAGUAAUAAUGGUAUUGGUAUCAUUGAUCAAUGGCUUAAUAAUGUUCAAUUAAAAGUUGGUGAAUGUAUACCAUAUCAAGGAAGUGCUUGUAAAAAUUAUCUUGAUGGACGGUAUAUUUUGGUAACUUCAGACAAUAGAGAAGAUAUUUAUGAUAUUGAUCGUAAUCUUCGUGCCGCUAACAGAUUUAUUCAAAAUAUGAGAGGAGUUAAAGGAGAAUGUAAACAAUAUUCACAUGCAGUUGCAUGCUAUCAUAUGUUUAAAGUAUGUGAUAUAUCUCAAGUUAAUAAAGGAUACCGCCGAGGAUAUACAUCAAAUAUACAAUACCCACCACCAUUAAUUUCACUUUGUUAUAAUGAUUGUCAAAAGUUAACUAAUGAUUUAUGUCCUGAGGAAGUUCAAUUAGCAUCAGCUCAUGAUCUUGUUGGUGAUGGUGCUAAAGCAAUGAUACCUAAAUGUAAUACAUUACCACUUGCUAGUGAUCAUUGUUUUAGUUUAUUAGAUAAACCAUUAAAUAAAAAUUAUGAUCUAUCACAAGAUAUGACAGAAAAGAAAAAAUCUGAAUUAUGGUGUUACAUAAAAGAUGGUCGAGAUUAUAAAGGAACAAUUAAUACAUCAAAAUCUGGUCGCACUUGUCGAUCUUGGAUUCAAUCUUCAUCACCAGAUUUUAAUGUUAUUGAGUAUCCAGAAUUAAAAUUAUCAAAGAAUUAUUGUCGUAAUCCAGGUGGUAAAAGGACUGCUCCAUGGUGUUAUGUUGGUAAUGGUGAAGAAGAAUUAUGUACUGUUACACAAUGUCCAAAAUCUAUUGGUUUUGAUGAUGAUAAUGAUGGAUCAAUGGCAACAAAAUUUACCAAAAUGUGGGAAGAUAUUCCACCACAACAACAAUUAAUGGCACUUUUAACAACUGGUUUUGUAACAAUAAUUUUACUUAUAAUUAUAAUAUGUUGUGUAUGUUGUUGUAAAAAAGGUAAAAAAAAUAAUGUUAGAAGGAAUGGUGGUUGUAAUAAUGGUACCAUUGAUGGUAAAAAACAUCUUCUUAGUACAGCACAUGAUGAAACACAAACAACAACAACAUAUAAUAGGAUGACUAAUCAAAUAAAAACAUCAUCUGGUGUUGGAAUGGAUAAUGGUAUUAGUUCACCAUAUGAAAUAUCAUCACUUUUAUCUCGAGGAACAAAUCCAUAUAAUUCUAAUAAUCAAGGUCAUAUACUUCAACAUGGUGUACAAUUUAGUCAACAUUCACAACCAUCAACUGAACCACCAGUUGAACCAUAUCAUAUCCCAGAAAUUCAACCUCAAUCCAUUAAGAUUGGUAGUAUGAUUGGAGAAGGCCAAUUUAGUGGUGUAUAUAUAGCUGACUAUUAUUCAUUUAAUCAUAUUGAUGGUGAUGUCCAUCAAACAGUUGUCGUUUCACUUAAAUCAGGUUGUACAAUGAUGGAAAAACAAAGUUUUGAGGAAAAUAUUAAAGCUCUUGCAUCAUUUGAUCAUCAAAAUAUAUUAAAACUUAUUGGUGUAUCAUAUUUAGAUUUUAAACAAAUUACAGGAAUUUUUGAUUAUCAAGUACAUGGUGAUUUACAUGAAUUUUUAAAAGUUCGUGCACCAGCAAAUCAUACAUAUGAUGUAUCUGAUAAUGAAGAUUUUCUUAAAAUUGGUAUACAAAUUGCUCAAGGAAUGGAUUAUUUAGCAUCUAAUGGUUAUGUUCAUCAAGAUUUAGCAACACGUAAUAUAUAUGUUAGUGAUCAAAGAACCAUUAAAAUUUGUGCAUUCCAAAUGAUUAAAAAAGGAUAUGAAAAAGAUUAUUAUAAAUCACCACAUCGUUAUUGGAUGCCAAUUAGAUGGAUGAGUAAAGAAGCUAUACAACAUGCUCGAUAUACAACAGCUUCAGAUGUUUGGGCAUUUGGUGUAACAUUAUGGGAAUUAUUUACAUACGGCAAGACACCAUAUGGAGAUUAUAGUAAUGAAGAUGUCAUUGAAAUGAUUAAUUUAAGAAAUCUUCUUGAGUGCCCAAGUAAUUGUCCUAGUUCAAUGUAUAGUUUAAUGAUUGAAUGUUGGAAUGAACAUCCAGAAAGAAGACCAUCUUUUAAUGAAAUAUUUACAAGACUACAAUCAUGGUGUAUAUCAGGAGCCAUGCAACAACCAUUUUUACAAUUUCAAACAAGAGCAAGUAGUUCAAUAUCAGGAGGAUCUGGUGGUCAAAAAACAGCUAAAACAAAUUCAUCAAAUCAAAGUAAUUCAUUAAGAAAUAAUGGUGGUCCUAUAACUAAUACCACUAAUGGUGUUUUAUAUCAUAAUAGUAAUGGUAGUAGUGGUACCAGUCAACAUUCCAAUUCAAAUAAAUUAAAUGGAUUUAUGCAUAGUACACCGAUCUCACAAACAAGAAAUGUUAAGAAACAUUCAGAUUUUGACUCAAGUCCAUUAAUGCGCAGACCAAAUGGUAAUUUUGAGUAUAGUGAAGAUGAUGCAGAUGAUGAUAGUGAUUAA